AUGGAAACUCUGAUUGUGCUUAUUCCUAAAAUUGAUAAUCCUACCUUUAUGAAGGAUUUCGGGCCUAUUAGCUUGUGUAAUGUUGUUUAUAAAAUUAUCACCAAAGUAUUGACUAACCGACUUCGGCCUUUUCUUCCAGAUAUUGUUAGUCCUUUACAAGGAGGUUUUAUUCCGGGUCGUGGUGCUCCUGAUAAUAUUAUUGUGGCCCAAGAAAUUUUGAAUUUCAUGAAGCACACAAAAUCCAAGAAAGGUACUCUUGCUUUUAAAAUUGAUCUUGAAAAAGCUUAUGAUAGGGUGGAUUGGAGGUUUUUGGAGAGUACUCUCAUUGCUUUUGGUUUUCCUAUCAUCACUGUUAAUUUGAUUAUGACUUGUGUCCGUGCAUCAUCUCUUUCUAUUAUGUGGAAUGGGAAUAGAUUGGAUAGUUUUGCUCCUAGAAGGGGGUUUAGACAGGGCGAUCCAAUGUCUCCUUACUUAUUUGUACUUUGUAUGGAAAGACUUGCCUGCUAUAUAUCUCAUAAGGUGGUCGAGGGUGUGUGGAAACCAAUUUCUGUCACUAGGGGUGGCCCAAAAUUUUCUCAUUUGAUGUUUGCAGAUGAUCUCUUACUCUUCUGCCAGGCUACAAAAAGUCAGAUCCAAAUGGUCAUGCAUUCUCUUAACAUUUUUUGCAAGGCAUCUGGCAUGAAAGUGAAUCUUGAAAAGUCUAAAGCUUUUUAUUCUAAAAAUGUGACUGCUCGUAGAAGAGAUAUUUUUACUAGUGUUUUUUCAAUACGUUUUGCUUUGGACUUAGGAAGAUAUCUUGGAGUUAACCUUAAUCAUUCCCGUACCAGUAGGGCUUCUUUUCAUUCGGUGAUUGAAAAGAUAUCUUUUUUUCCAAAUUGGGUUUGCGAUAAAUUAUCUUCUAUGAUGAGACAGUUCCUUUGGAAGGGUCAAGUUGAUGGUAGAGGUCUUUCUCUUGUUAAUUGGAGGACCGACAAGCCUUGGGUUGCUCUAUUGAGGGCGAAGUAUCUGAGGAAUGAGGGAGUUUUAGAUGGCCCUGUCCCUUGCAAUGCUUCUCAUGUUUGGAAGAGUAUCUCAAAGGCUUUUGGUGCUCUUAAGGAUGCCUUCUCUUGGUGCGUUGGGUCACUUGAUCAAUCUUUUUGGUUUGAUAAUUGGAGUAUUGAGAGCCCAAUUGCUCAAGAUGUCCCUUUUGUACAUAUAUCUGACUCUGAUUUAACUAUUAGAAACGUUUGGAAAGAUGGUCAAUGGAAUCUCCGUGAUAUUUUCUCUAUCAUUCCAGAAGAUGUCAAACAGCGUUUGAAUGCUUAUAAUCCGGAUUUGAAUGCUGGAGAGAGUUCGGGUUGGUCGUGGGAUGUGGCAUCUUCUAGACUCUACUCAGCUAGGAGUGGGUACAGUUGGCUAGCCAAAAGAAAGUUUGACUGGAAUGAGCAUGAUAAUUGGUUGUGGGUAUGGCGUCUGCAUAUUCCUGAGAAGUAUAAGUUCUUGAUUUGGCUCAGUCUUCAUAAUGCUAUUCCUACGGCAGAGUUUCGUUUGGGUCGUGGUUUAGCUUUAUCUAGCACCUGUCAUCGGUGUCAAAAUAGUUCUGAAUCCAUUCUUCAUUGUCUUCGGGAGUGCCCUAGUGCCAAGGAGGUCUGGACCCUUUUAGGCCUGUAUUCAGAUAACUCGAAUUUACAUGAUUGGCUCUACAGAGGUGCAAGGAGUGGAGAUGUUUUUCUUUUCUUUUCGACCAUCUGGUGGAUUUGGAGAAGCAGGAAUAAUGACUUAUUUAAUAUAGAUGAUUCAUGGAGUGCUAGUAAAGUGGUGAGUUUGAUUCGUAGUUCAGUAAGGGAGUUUCACACUAUUUUUGCUAUGCAUCAAUCUCUGUCUUCUCCUUCACUUUGUUUGCAUUGGGUUCCACCUCCAGUUCAUUCUGUUAAAUUGAAUUGUGAUGCUAGUUGGUUUGCUCCUUCUGGCUAUGCUGGUUUUGGUUGUAUUAUUCGCAAUCCUGAUGGAUGUUGGUUGAAAGGUUGCACUGGAAAAGUCGAAGUGUGCAGUGUUUUUUUUGCUGAAUUGUAUGCAAUUUGGAGAGGUUUACUUCUUGCUUGGGAGAGUGAAUUUCGUGAGGUUAUUUGUGAAACAGGCUGUUUAGAAGCUCUUUUCUUGGUAAACCAAAGAAUGCUUAGUAAGGAUAUUCCGGAAUGGGAUUUGGCAAAGCAUAUUCAAGAGGUUAUGAAUUGGAAUUGGAGAGUCUCUAUUCUUUUAAUUCAGAGGACUGCAAAUAGUAUUGCAGAUUGUAUGGCUAAAGCAGCUGCUUCUGUCGCGGACAUUCACUCGAAUCGGAGCCAACCAUGGAAUUAUCGACUUUGUUCUUGUACUGCUGUCAUUUUUGUUGUGAAGGAGAAUAAUCAAUUCUUCUUUGUGGUGGUUUAUCCCAAUGGGAUAGUCAGACACGGUAAUGAAGAAGUAAUUUUCGAGUCUGACAAGACUGUCAUGUUGCGCACUUACCGGGUUGAUAACUUGGAUGCGUUAAAGACGGUCAUUCGGAGCAAUACGGGAGGAGCACGAACAAAGGAGGUUGGGCGAGUUGUAGAUAGGUUUCUGAACGCGCUUCUGAUCGGUGAAUUUUCCAACCGGUUAUUUUGGAUUGAUGGGGAUCAGCAUGUGAAGGUGAUGUUCGACGUACAUGUAUGGCUAAUGCACCAACAUGUGAUGGAGUUGUAUGCUGCGGUCUGUGACGUAAUUGUUGGUGGUGGUCCGUCUCCUUCGAGUCCUGAAGUUGUGCCGCUCGAGGCGACACCAAUCCACUAUGUCCAGCCUCAUGAUAAUGCUGACGAGGACGAUUCAACUUAUGUUGCCGGGUCCAGGUCAUUAAGUGAUGCAGUAUCUAAAGAUGAGUAUAUACCGGAGACUCCUAACGGCGGUGUAGGUUUCUGCUGCUUCCCCCUUUGGUUAUUCUUCGACUGUUGGAUGUUCCUAACUAUUAUCAGAUAUUGA